CUCAAAUGUUGAUGGAUAAAGAAUAUCUAUCUCAGCCACAAACUGAAAACUGCACCUUACAGAUUUUUGUGAGAUUCCUUGAGUACCAGACUGUGGAAGUUGACACAAAGAGUCUCGUCUUAAUAAGUCGUCUGCUAGCCUCCAUUGAGUGGACGGAUCCUGAUUUGGCGUGGAACGCGUCACUUUACCAACAUGAUGAAGUCAUCCUGCCAGUGGAUAAAAUCUGGGUCCCAGAGCUCCAUGUCACCAACGGAAUAACAACCGAAAUGUCUCACGCCUCCCCUGAUCUGCUGGCUUACAGUAAUGGCACAGUGAUGCACGAUGUGAUCAUAAACGCACAGGUGAUCUGUAAAGUCAACCUGUUCAACUAUCCCUUUGCCAGCGAUAAAUGUCCCGUUGCCAUCCAAGGCUGGUCGGGGAGGACGGGAUGUGGCACGCAUCUGGUAUUCGAUCAAUUAAAGCCGAUUUUGGGGUCCAGUGGAGAUUGGAGUACUGACAAUGCAACCCUCCAGAGACAGAGAAGUGACCGCAAUUACAUCCUGGUGUCGUUGAGCGUCAAAAGUACCGGACCCUUCAUGACGUUGGUGCUGCCCAGCAUUCUGAUCAUCAUAGCCGACGUGGCCAGCUUCGCUCUGCCGCUGGGAGGUGAACGCAACGGUUUCAAGGUCACUCUGGUGCUGAGCUUCACCAUGUUCCUCAUCAUCCUCAACGACGAGCUCCCGGGAGACGGCGAGUGCAGGCCCAUCAUCCGUCUCUACUUCUGCAGCUGUCUGGUCAUCCUGGUGGUCAGCAUGUUGUGGUCCAUGGUGAUGACGCGGGUGUUCGCGGAGGGCCGCAUCGUUUUAUUCCGGCGCUCCAAACGGCCGGCGUCGGGGAACGUGGGAGGCGGGAACGUGGGAGGCGGGAAGGCGGGAGGCGGGAAGGCGACGAAAGACGAGGGAGUCAAAGCUGAGGUUGGCGUGGACGGCGGCGUGAAGGACGACGGUCAGAUGCUCAGAAAGGUGGUCAACUUCCUGGAAGCUCUCGAUGCAAAGACCCAGGAAAGUUACAGAAAUCAGAUGUUUGCCAGCAAUCUGGACCACAAAUUCUUUGUUUUCUACUUAGUUGCUAGCAGUGUGUACCUUAUUGCCAUGAAUGUGGUGAUGGCUGUAUAUCCGUGUUCACUAGACCAUUUUCAGUUUUGGUACAAUUAA